CUGAAGAUGUCCACAAUAAGAAAAGCUGUGUUUCUUGCAUAGGUACUCGAGAUGCAAUGAGUGUCUUUAGACGGUUUGCAUUAAGGGGCGAGUGUACCCUGAGCACCAUCUGCUCCGUGCGCGCUUUGUGAUGGGUUGGACGUGUGUAGAGGCCAUGUAAGUGUGGACUGGGGCAGGAAGCUUACGCUGGGGAAACAGACAGUUGUUAUCUGGACUCUGUCUGGAGACGUCUUGCAGUAGCUCUGCAGGACAUACGCUAGUUUGAAGAAAUCGGAUACCUUCUCACUCCACCUAACCAGGAAAUAGCAGAUCGGGGUAACCACAGCAAAUACCAAAGAAUGAACAGCGUUAACACUUUACUAAGUUACACAACUCUCAGUAUUCCGAAGUGAAUUAGAAGUUUGGAAGGCCAAAACCCAAGUGUAAGAAAUGUUUUAAAGACGCUAGACAUUCAUCACAAUGGAAGAACCAGUUAAAGCUAAGCUGUUAACGAAGUACCCAGGUGCAGUUAUAAUGGAAAAAAGUAAUAACAACGAGUGCAUAGUGACUGCGGUUCCCCUUGUUAAUGAAAGCCAACUGACAGCAGCCACUGGUGGUGCAGAGCAUUCCUGUUAUCGCUGCACUGUUCCCUUUGGGGUUGUCAUUCUUAUAGCUGGCAUUGUGGUCACUGCUGUUGCAUACAGCUUCAAUACGCAUGGGUCUAUCAUUUCAGUAUUGGGACUGAUCCUGUUAUCAACAGGAAUUCUUCUGGUGGCUUUAAGUGUCAUGUGCUGGAAAAUUAGGCAAAGAAAAAAAAGGACAAAAAGGAGAGAGAGUCAGACUGCCUUAAUGGUAAAUCAGAGGAGCAUAUUCGCUUAGAAGCUUUUCCCGAGAAUGUUGGGAAGGAAUGAGAACACAUUACACUCUGUGACAAAGCUUUUCAGCAGAUUCGGUGCAUUUUUUUUGCCACCAGUUAAUAUGAAAGGAGAACUGCUGGGUAUUUCUGGGUUGUGGUGGUAUUGCUUGAGGUGUGAUAGAAAACAACAUAUGCACAUCCAUUUUUAAAAUGCAAAGAUAAUUCCACUCUUUCAUCAUAGAAUGUGUAUAAAAAUAAUGGUAGUAUGCUGAAGUUUGUUUUACUUGGCGAGUUUGCACAUGACAGGGGCAGAGGGCUGGCCAGUACCUGGGAACUUCUGGCUAGAAGCCAAAAUAAAUCAAGAAGCAUUAUUGAAACAGACGACAUGUCAUAAAUCAAAUCAGUGAACAAGUCUAAGAUCACUUAAUCCACUCUCUUUGAGAAUCAUUAAGAUUUCAGUUGUUUAACAUUCAGAUAAUGGAAUAUGGAAAAAUGUUUACUUACAGCUGACAUCAUUUUGUAACAUAUGUUGAAGAAUUUCAGUGCAUACACCUUUAUUUAAGAGUCAGAUGUGUUUGAAUAAGGCUGACUUUUUUGUGGUACUUUGUAAAAUAAGUUUUACGAGCAGUUAACUUUUAUGUAGAUUUAGCUGACAGUAGCUGUAUUGUAUUUGUUAUAAAUGUCUUCAGUAUUAAAAAGUUAAAGUAUGUAUUAAACACUACAUAUUUGUAAAUUAUCAUUUAGUUAUAUGAUCAGACUUAGCACUUUCUAUCUUUUUAUACAUGGACAAAAUGUUGCAGUUUAACAUUUCAUCAAAAAUAAUAAAAAUCCAGUGCUGCUAAAA